UUACUGUUCUGGCUGUCAAAUAUCCAUCUUGCUAGGCAUUAAGCAGUAAGCAUCCAGCAGCAAGCAAGCAAGAAAUUCCCUGUCGAGUUUCUGAUAUAGUUUUCACUACUCUCUUCAAGUCUAAGUCACUCGUCUUGUUUCUCUAUAUAAAUUUCUCCGAUCAUGGCUUUUAGGUCUACGAUUUAUUGGAAACGGAUGGUGAGUGGGUUAGGAGCAGGAAGCGCAACAUACGCGACGUCGAGCUCGCCCAAGCUGAAGGCCUAUGCCCCAGCUGCUGAUUACGCUCAGCUUCAUCAUCGUCAUCAGCCAAAGCCCGUGAAGGGUGACUUUGUGCCCGUGUACGUGGCCAUUGGGAUGAUAGCGCUGUCUGUGGGGCUGGGUCUCCACACCGCCACGCAUCAUCUAGCGCGCAACCCCACGGUGUCCGUCAGUAAGAAGAGGAGGGAGACGAUUCCAGAGGUGGUGGAGCCAGAGCAUGUAGCGGAACAGGCGGAGCAAUUCAUCAGGAAAUCAGUCUUUAGGAAGGUGGCCCAUGUGCAGGAGUUCAAUAAUCCUGAGAAGCAGCUCAUCCCUGAUCCCAUCCGUAAAGAUGCCUACGUCCACCGCCCUCGACUUGAGACUCUCAAGUCUGUUGGGGUUGAGCCCAAGCAGCUCUAGAGUCUAGACCGGCCAGUCCACUUCCAACUCUGCUUUUGGUUUCUCUAGCUACUGAAUGCAGUUUGUCGUCGUGAAUUAAUGUGGUUGGUUCAUGGUUGGGUGUUCGUCUGCUAGAAUAGCUGGUGACGAUCGUCGAUCGAUGAUAAUAUUGUGCGUAUCCACCACAUUAAUUAAUAAGAAUGCUGUAAUUAGAUGAUGUUGCCUUUAAUCAAACCCGGGCAUUUUCAGAUGUUAAACUUAAUCUCUGUAUGUAACUCUAUGAUGGCUGAUACUUAAUUUACUAAUGGGACUUUGGGUUGAA